CGCGCUGUCUGCUUUGUCUUGAGUUCAACAGGAAACUACACUUCCCAUGAACCCCUGCGAGCUAUUGCUUCACUAGUUUCGUACCCGAGUUGACUCUUCUUACAAAUUCCGUCUCAUGGACCUUUUUAUUAUUUAACAUCACUCCAGCGCUGCUGAGAUGGCGGAAUCUGCGUCUUGUCCGGUGUUUCAGCUGGGAAAACCGCGUUACGAGCAGAGCACAUUUCUUGGCAGGUUGAGACAUUUCACUGAUAUCAUCGACCCCUCCACUUUGUUUGUGACGGAGAGUCGUUUAAAAGAAUGUAUCAAACUCCUGGAUGAUUUCAAGCAAGGGAAUCUUCCUCCAGGAAUUACAGAUCACCAGCUCUGGGAGGCUCAGAAGGUGAAGCAGGCCAUCAUUCACCCCGAUACCGGUGAAAAAAUCUUCAUGCCUUUCCGCAUGUCAGGCUAUGUGCCGUUUGGAACGCCAAUCGUUGUUGGUCUUCUCCUUCCAAACCAGACUUUGGCCUCUACUGUGUUCUGGCAGUGGCUCAACCAGAGUCACAACGCUUGUGUGAACUACGCCAACCGCAAUGCCACAAAGCCAACACCAACCUCAAAGUUUAUUCAGGGAUAUGUGGGAGCCGUCACCAGCGCUGUUUCUAUUGCAGUGGGACUGAAUGUACUUAUCGAGAAAUCCAGCAAAUUUAACCCUGCCACCAGACUGUUCAUACAGAGGUUUAUCCCUUUCCCUGCUGUAGCCAGUGCGAACAUCUGUAACGUGGCUCUGAUGAGACACAAUGAGCUGUCUGAGGGAAUAGAUGUGUUAGACAGCAACGGGAAUGUAGUGGGAUCCUCACGGAUAGCUGCCAAACAUGCCCUGAUAGAAACAGCACUAACGCGAGUAGCCCUACCACUGCCAAUCUUUGUCCUUCCACCAAUCAUAAUGGCUUUCUUGGAAAAGCUUCCACUGAUGCAGGCCCAUCGCAGGAUGAUGCUGCCUGUGCACAGUUUAGUAUGUCUGGCAGUCUUUGGUCUGUCCUUGCCGCUGGCUAUCAGUCUCUUCCCACAGAUGUCAGAGAUCGAGGCAUCUCACCUUGAGCCGGAAAUUGCCAUGGCAACAGAUUGCAAGGUGCUGACUUACAACAAGGGACUGUGAUGAAAGACAGAGAAGUUUAAUCAGCCGUCUAAGAUUGCCAAGGACGUGUAGCAUAACAGGUGCAAAUAGUAUUGAGGAAAAUGCAUUCUGAGCAAUAGUAACCAGCUAACUCUUUCCUUAACUGCUGAGCCAUUUAUCAGUUUUAUAGAAACUGUUGAUAAAGUAAUAAUUACAGUAUUUACCAUUUUACUGACAACUAUGACAGGGAAACAAGGCCUUAUAUUAUAUAAUUUUAUAUAUUAACGUUGAUCAAACAAAUUAUAAAUAAUAAGAGUAGUUAGGUGCAGCUUUAAAUUUUAAAUUGUUCUAUUAUAUGGUCAGUGAAUGCACUUUAAUGAAAAUGUAAUUGCAAUUAACUGUUUAUUUGCAUGUCACACUUAAUAUUUUCAAAAUCCCUGAAAAAAGUUUAUUUCUUGUUUUUAUGUGUACUUGUACAGAGUUUUAGUUCUUAAGUAUUAACAUUUUAAAACUAUUUAUAUUGCAAUAUUGACACAAAUAUAUGUUUGAAAAUUG